AUGCAAGAAUCUCAAUUUCCAGGAGAUCGAACAGCGCCAAAAGGUUCGCUACGACUCGAAUGGAUCUAUGGCUAUCGAUCUGCUAAUUGUCGGAGUAAUGUUCAGUUGACUCAAAAUGGCGAAGUAGUCUACUUUUCUGCAGCUGUGGGAAUUGUUCAAAGUUUAAGCGAUAAAACUAACUGUCGACAGCGAUUUUUUCUCGGACAUGAUGAUGACAUUAUUAGUUCUUGUCUUCAUCCAGAGAAAACGAUUGUUGCCACUGGUCAGAUCGGUAAAAAUGCACGAAUUUGUGUUUGGAAUACCGAUGGUGUGAUGAAACUAGAAAGUCUCUUACAAGGACAUACGGAUGGAGUUGGUGCCAUGAGUUUUAGUAUGGAUGGCAAAAAAUUAGCCAGUGUAGGCAUUGACAGUGAAAAUACGAUCAAAAUUUGGCAAUGGGACGCCGGGAAAGUUUUAGCAACGGUUGCAGGUCAUUCGGAACGUGUUUUUGACAUUUGUUAUUUUGGCGAUCGAGUUAUCACAUGUGGAGUUAAACACAUUCGAUUUUGGACAUUACUAGGCAACACGCUGCAAUUCAAUGAGGGACAAUUUGGAAAGUCAGAAGCACAAACUUUGUUGUGUAUCGGUCAUUUCGGUUGGAAACCAGAAGAAUCGAAAGGAGCAACAGACGACGAGAAUAUAUGUUUUACAGGCGCUAUUAAUGGAGAUUUAAUUGUGUGGAAAAAAGGGAAAAUCGAUCGUAUUAUUUCAACUGCACACAACUCAACAAUUUAUUCAAUCGAGACAACUAACGAUGGAUUUUUAACCAGUGGAAAAGAUGGCUUUGUCAGAGCAUGGACGCGAGGGUUCAAUCCGUUUGGUCAACCUGUACGUAUUCCAAGUUUGAUCAGUGAUUCCGAAAUCGCUAGCGUCUGUAGUGUUGCAUCACGAAACGGUUACUGUGUUGUGGGUACGCGCGAUUGUGAAAUUUAUGGUUUUAAAUUAGAUGAAAAUAGUCAUCCUGAACUGCUUGUGCAAGGCCAUCACGAUGCUAACUUAUCUGCAUUAGCUUGUCAUCCCCGAGAGAACGUUUUUGCCACAGGUGGAACUGAUUGUUCACUGAGAUUUUGGAAUGCCAAUCAAAUGUCAUUGAUAACAUUUUAUACGACACCUUUCGUCUCAAUAUCUCCUGCACCACCACUCAUUCGGUCGCUGGCUUUUUCAUCGAAUGGAAAUCAAAUUGCUGUGGGAUACGACAAUGGCUAUAUCGAGAUCUAUCCAACUCCAUCAAAGUCAUCAAACGAACGACGAAUUGAACCUGAGCAGAAAAUCCACGAUCGAACGGAUGGUAUACAAUCCUUGGCAUUUUCUCCGAAUGACAAAUACUUGGCGACUGGCUGUAUCGAUGGAAGUUUUGACAUCUACGAUGUGAAGAAUCAAUUCAAAAACUUACAUCUUAAAAAUAACACUAAUAGUUUAAGUGUGACAGAUAUCGACUGGAGUGAAGACGAAGGAUAUGUGCAGUAUACUGGCGAGCACAAGCAAAUGUUUACGAUCAAAAUUCCUUCUGGUGAGAAUGUUUCGGAGGCCGACAGCAGAAGGAUCCACAAUUGGGCAACAUUUACCAGUUUGAAACAUCCAGAAGUUCGUGGUAUAUGGAACAAAUUUGCGGAGAAAACCGAUAUUGUUACCAUUGAUGGAAAUAUUCAAGCAGGCGUGAUUGCAGCUGGUGAUGAACAAGGCUUAAUCAAACUGUUUCGUUUUCCAAGUGAAAAACGAGGUGCACACUUCAGAAAAUAUGUCGGACAUUCCAGCAGAAUUGCAAAUGUACGUUUUCUUCAUGAUACGAGUCGUUUGAUUACCAUUGGAACUGAUGAUCGUACGAUAAUGCAAUGGAAGUUUUUGUCUGAAUCCGAUUCUCUUGUACAGACGGAGGCACGACGAUUGAGCGUAUCGGGCGCCGAUGACAUGACAAGUGCGGAAAUGAUGGAUGGAACGAUUGAAGAUGUAGAAAUGUUACAAACUGCACAACAAGUAGGAGCUUAUCUCGAUUCGGACUCGGAAGAUUCCGAUUCCGAUUUGAGUGGAGCGGAGAUCGAUUCAGAUAUCGAGAAAGAAAAGCAGAUCUCAUAUGAUCGAACCUUGUACAGAGAGGAUUAUCAGAAAUUAAAGAAAACGAUCAAAGACAAAUUGCCACCAGGCGAAAAAAGAAACAAACAACCUGAUGAAGGUCUCACACUUGACUAUGUGUUCGGAUAUCGUGGCUAUGAUUGUCGAGAUAAUGUCUUUUGCUUGAAAUCGAACGAACUCGUAUACCAUGUCGCUGCAUUAGGAAUCGUAUUAAAUACUGAACAAAAUACACAACGAUUCUAUAAUUGUCAUACGGAUGACAUUUUAUGCUUAGCAGUAUCGCCCGACAUGUCAUUGGUGGCCACCGGUCAGAUUGGCCGUGAUCCUCCGGUGCAUGUUUGGGAUCCAGUAACAUUGCAAACUCGUGCUAUAUUGAAAGGUCAACAUUUCCGCGGCAUCUCUGCGGUUGGAUUUUCAAAUAACGGUAAAUGGCUAGCUUCAGUCGGUUUAGACGACUAUCGAACUAUUGUUAUCUGGGAUUGGAAGAAAGGAGAAAAGUUAGGUUCACAGAGAGGUCAUAACGAUAAAAUCUUUUGCUUACGUUGGAACCCUCACGACGAAAAUCGGUUUGUCACAGUUGGUGUUAAACAUAUUAAAUUUUGGACAAAAGCUGGAGGUGGUAUGACAUCGAAACAAGGUGUUUUUGGCAAAGUUUCUGGUAAACAAGGCAAGCAAAAUCAGAUGUGUGUCGUGUUCGGUAAAACAGUUGAUGUUUGUAUCACCGGUGGCGGAGACGGCUGUAUUUACAUUUGGAAUCAAACUACAUUAUUAAGAAAAGUUGAUAAUGCACAUACAGGACCAUUGUUUGCUAUCACUGCUGUACAAGACAAAGGUUACAUUACGGGUGGAAAAGAUGGAAAGGUUAUACUUUGGGAUCCAGAGGUUAAAAAGAGUAUCAAAACGUAUGAUUUGACAAAUAAAAACCUUGCUACAGAUUCACGAGGUCAACUAACUGAAGAAGAAACAUCGAAAACAUCAAUUCGUGCUGUCACGUUAGCACGACGAAUUUUCAUUGGUACUCACCGAGGUGAAAUAUGUGAAAUAGAGAAAGAUGGACGCAUCCGCAUCUGUGUUCAAGGUCAUGCGGAAGGCGAAAUGUGGGCGCUGAGCACACAUCCAAGUAAACUUGAAAUAUGUACUGCUAGUGAUGACAAAACGGUACGAAUAUGGUCAUUGCAAGAUCGACGUAUGCUUCGAUUUAAAACGUUUAAUAAAUUGAUACGCACAUGUGAAUAUUCACAGAAUGGAAAAACGAUUGCUGUCGGAACUAAAGAUGGUCAAUUUAUGAUUCUAAAUGAAGGAGACUUGAGUACAAUUGUUCAAGUCGAACAUAGAAAUCAAGAAGUAUCAGAUAUCAAGUUUUCACCAGAUGAUCGAUAUUUGGCUGUUGGAACACAUGAUAAUUUUGUGGAUAUUUAUAACGUCGAAACACAAAAGCGAGUUGGCAUUUGUAAAGCGAAUUCAUCGUACAUUACUCAUAUUGAUUGGGAUGCUAAUAGCAAGCUGAUAAUGACAAAUUCAGGUGCACGAGAACAGCUCUUCUAUGAAGCACCGCGUGGUACUAGGAUUACAUCAAUUAAAACUACUGAUGUGGAGAAAAUGAAUUGGUUCACGUGGACAGGUGUAUUGGGUCUAAUUUGUGAAGGUAUCUGGCCACCGGAAACCGACGUCACAGACAUUAAUUCUACGGAUUUAACUAAAGAUAAGAAAAUUCUUGCUUCGGGUGAUGAUUUCGGCUUGGUGAAACUAUUUGACUUUCCUGUCAAAGGUAAAUUUGCUAAAUUCAAACGAUAUACCGGGCAUAGUGCUCAUGUCACUCGUGUUCGUUGGACAUACGAUAAUUCUUAUUUGGUAUCGAUUGGCGGUCGUGACGUAGCUACUCUCGUAUGGAAACAUGAACGUAACGCAGAUGUCGAUCUUCUAUCAAGUUCUCAAAUGAAAACCACAGUGAGAAGUGUUAGUGCAAGUCCAAAUGCUGGUGUGGCAAAACCUGUUCCUGUUCGUCAUCAACGGGGUGAAAGUGAUGAUUCCGGAAAUACGGACUCCGAGGAAGAAGGCUAUGAUUCUGAUGUGCAACAUGAUCGAAGCAUGGAUUACAAUGCACGAAUUCUCAUUCAUCCAAAACGUGACAAGAAAGAAGCGCCCCGGCCAACAACAACGACGAAUAAAAAACCACUACAUCUAAAAGUUAAACCAUCGCAACGAAAAGUGACCGAUGAAUUGGCAUUAGUUCGCGUCGCAUUGAAAUCCAGUAUUGGUCUUGGCUUUCUCAAUGCAAUUCCUGCAAAUGCAUCAAAUAGUGCGAUAUCAGAUCCCAGCCAAAAGCCGCGCGGGCGUAUAGUUGAUCUACAAUUAGAUCACAUUCAUGGAUAUCGCGGAUUUGAUUGCCGUGAUAACUUGUUCUAUCUAGCCGAUAACGAAUCCAUUGUUUAUCCAGCAGCAGGUGCUGGUGUUGUACAUCAUAUUCGUCAAGGAACGCAAAAAUUCUAUACGAAACACACGGAUGAUAUUAUUUCAAUGGCUGUAUAUAAUGGCGGAAAAGAUAAGAAUAUUAUCGCGUCGGGACAGAUUGGAGAAAAUCCAACUAUUCACAUAUGGGAUGCGCAAACAAGAAAAACACUUUCAGUAUUAUCUGGGAAACAUAAACGAGUAGAACGGAAUAUUGUUGUAUUUCGAUUGCAAAUCAGAUGCAAAAGACUAACUGCUAAAGAAUACAGUGUUUGCUCUUUGAGUUUUUCCUCGAGUGGAAAACUUCUAUUAUCAGUUGGCGUUGACGCUCCGUACACAAUUGCUGUCUGGCGUUGGGAAGAAGGGAUCAAUGUUGCAUGUACCAUAGCUUCGGAAGAUCGAAUCUUUCGGGCGCUAUUUCGCCCGGAUUCCGAGGUUCAAUUUGUUACUGCUGGUGUAAAACAUUUGAAAUUUUGGUCUGUUGCUGGAAAUACGCUUGUCAACAAGAAGGCGGUGAUAACACAGACAACAGACAGAAAACGAUCAACAAAAAUGCAAACCAUGCUUUCGAUUACAUUCGGAUCGGAAGAUCGUACUUACACAGGCAGUAUGACUGGUUUAGUUUUUAUUUGGCAUUCAAAUACCUUGGAACGUACGAUCAACGCCCAUGCUGGACCAAUAUUUUCAAUGUUCAGUUCAGACAGCUGUAUUGUGACUGGUGCUAAAGAAAAACGUUCACUCGGUUCAAAACGAGUACUCAAUCCAGUUAAAGUUUGGGAUACAAAUAUGGACAACGGACGUAUAAUCAAACUUGACUUGCCCGAAUCGGAUACAGUUUGUGUUCGAUCCGUUUGUCGAAAUUCUCAAGGAAAACUUUUAAUCGGAUUGAAAACAUCCGAUAUUGUUGAAAUCGACGAGAAAGCUUCUGACUCUCAGCCGAUGUCAUUAGUAUUUGGACAUGGUGAGGGUCAACUAUGGGCACUAUCGCCACAUCCGACGGAACCAAUGUUUGCCACAGGAAGUUACGAUAGAAAUUUAGUUGUCUGGAGUAUAAGUACUCAAGGCCCAGUCGCAAGACGCGAUAUGGGAAAAGAAGUGCGAAGUAUAUCGUUCGAUGGCGACGGUACCCUGCUGGCUGUUGGUUUCAAAGAUGGACAGAUCAGUUUAGUUGAAUUCUCUAGGGAGAAGAGAUCAUUAACAGAUAUUCAAAAAACAAGAGAACGAAAUGCAGCAAUUACUUGUAUCAGAUUUAGUCCGAAUAGGAAACUUUUAGUUGCAUCAUCGGAAAAUUGCUGUAUCGAUUUCUUUGAUAUUCAACAAAGAACAUUAGCACGGGUUGGUUAUGUCACACAUAUCGAAGAUGCUGUUUUACAGAUGGAUUGGUCUACUAAUUCACAAUAUAUACGAGCUAGUACAGCUAAUUAUCAGGCACUUAUCUUUCGUGCACCAAGUGGCGAAGAAGUGAAAAAUCACGAAGAAAUUGAAAAGGUCGUUUGGAAUACUUGGACAAGUACUGUUGGAGACGACGUGAUGGGUAUUUGGGCAAAAGAUAUAAAGAAAGAUAAUAUCAAUUGUGCACAUGCAACAUCAUCAACUAUUGUCACUGGUGAUGAUCAUGGGCAGAUUAAUCUCUACAAAUUUCCAUGUUCUGAACCGGAUGCGGAAUAUAAAUCCUAUGCAGGUCACUCCGAUAACGUUACGAAUGUUCGAUUUCUUGCAGACGAACAAUAUCUAGUCAGUUUAGGAGGUGAUGAUUGUUGUAUCUUCCUCUGGAAAUGUAUUGCUAAAUUGGACAGUGAGGAAGAUAGUUAG